GGCCCGCCGCCCGCGCCGCCGGCCCCGCAGCCCUGCGCCCGCGGGAGCUCUCGGGCCGCGCUCCCGCUCGUAGCUGUGGAAGCAGGUGGGGGAGGGGCCGCUCCCCGCCCGCCGUGCCGGGAGCGGGAGCAGCCAUCCAGGUGACUAAGCUGGCCCACUGGCACUGAGUCACCUGCUGGCCCGGGGGUUUCUUUCUUCUCUUUUGCAUCUGAUUAUUUUGGGAGCUGGAAACUUGGAGCUGCAUCUGAGUCCCGCCCCUUCCAGCCGCCCCUCCCUGCCUUGGGCUCCGAGGAAGAUGGGACCUGCUGAGACUCUGCCACCCCUUCCUGAGGUUAUAGAAGGCGCUGUGGGGGCCGGAAGUGCCAUGGGAGAGACGCCAGCCACCGAAGUGCAAUAGCCAAAAUGGUGAUCCGGCUGCCUUGUCCUCCAGAGGUGCUGGGAGAGGAGGGGAGUCUGGUCCAUGCCGACUGGAUUCCUCCCGGGCUGGCUUUGAACUCACCUCCCACGAGGUUUUUCUGUAAAUGAGUGGCUUCUAGGGUCAGAGUGGCAUUUGGAGAGCGAGGCUGGAUUGGCUUAGGCCGACCUGGGCAGGGAGUGGCGCUUCCUGGGCUAGAGACAAGCACCAGCCUGCAGUGGGGAGCUCGAGGCCCAGCUGCCCGGAGGAGCGGCACGGCCCACGGGACUGGCCGGGAAGGUCCUUAGUCUUCCCUCUCCUGGUGCCUGAGAGCUCUGCCCACUGAAGGGUAAGGAGCCAGGAAGAAGAGGAGGCAAGGAAGGCAGCCCGCGGCAGGCACCAUGUUCCGCAAGAAAAAGAAGAAACGCCCUGAGAUCUCAGCCCCACAGAACUUCCAGCACCGCGUCCACACCUCCUUUGACCCUAAAGAAGGCAAGUUUGUGGGCCUCCCCCCUCAAUGGCAGAACAUCCUGGACACUCUCCGACGCCCCAAGCCCGUGGUGGACCCCUCGCGCAUUACGCGGGUGCAGCUCCAGCCCAUGAAGACUGUGGUGCGGGGCAGCUCUGUGCCCACGGAUGGCUACAUCUCGGGGCUGCUCAACGACAUCCAGAAGCUGUCAGUCAUCAGCUCCAACACCCUUCGCGGGCACAGCCCCACCAACCGGCGGCGGGCACAGUCCCUGGGGCUGCUGGGGGAGGAGCACUGGACUGCCGACCCGGACAUGUACCUGCAGAGCCCCCAGUCUGAGCGCACUGACCUCUACCUCAGCUGCAAUGGGGGUGCACCCGCAGGCCGCCGGCAGGCGCCAUGGCCAGAACCGCAGAGCCCACGGGUCCCGCCCAAUGGGCUGGCCACCAAGGCACAGUCCCUGGGCCCCUCCGAGUUCCAGGGUGCCACACAGCGCUGCCUGCAGCUGGGUGCCUGCCUGCAGAGCACCCCACCCGGCACUUCGCCCCCGGCAGCCCCGGGGAGGCGCGGGGCCAAAGCCAUCAGGCACGGCUCUGAGGAGGCCCGGCCACAGUCCUGCCUGGUGGGCUCUGCUGCGGGCAGGCCGGGCGGGGAGGGCAGCCCCAGCCCUAAGACUCAGGAGAGCAGCUUGAAGCACAGGCUGUUCCGGAGCAUGUUCCUGUCAACUCCUGCCACAGCCCCUCUGAGCAGCAGCCAGCCCGGCCCCGCACCGCAGAGCAAGCCCAACUCCUCAUUCCGGCCACCACAGAAAGACUCCCCCGCAAGCCUGGUGGCCAAGGCCCAGUCCUUGCCCGCAGACCAGCCCAUGGGGACCUUCAGCCCUCUGACCACCUCAGAUACCAGCAGCCCCCAGAAGUCCCUCCGCACAGCCCCAGCCGCCGGCCCUCCUCCAGGCCGGUCUUCCCCUGCUGGUUCUCCCCGCACCCGGCACGCCCAGAUCAGCACCAGCAACCUGUACCUGCCCCAGGACCCCGCAGUAGCCAAGGGUGCCCUGGCCGGUGAGGACACGGGCAUCGUAACACACGAGCAGUUCAAGGCUGCACUCAGGAUGGUGGUGGACCAGGGCGACCCCCGGCUGCUGCUGGACAGCUACGUGAAGAUUGGCGAGGGCUCCACGGGCAUCGUCUGCCUGGCGCGGGAGAAGCACUCGGGCCGCCAGGUGGCCGUCAAGAUGAUGGACCUCAGGAAGCAGCAGCGCAGGGAGCUGCUCUUUAAUGAGGUGGUGAUCAUGCGGGACUACCAGCACCUCAAUGUGGUGGAGAUGUACAAGAGCUACCUGGUGGGCGAGGAGCUGUGGGUGCUCAUGGAGUUCCUGCAGGGCGGGGCCCUCACGGACAUCAUCUCCCAAGUCAGGCUGAACGAGGAGCAGAUCGCCACUGUGUGCGAGGCCGUGCUGCAGGCCCUGGCGUACCUGCACGCCCAGGGCGUCAUACACCGGGACAUCAAGAGCGACUCCAUCCUGCUGACCCUGGAUGGCAGGGUGAAACUGUCAGACUUCGGAUUCUGUGCUCAGAUCAGCAAAGACGUCCCUAAGAGGAAGUCCCUGGUGGGAACGCCCUACUGGAUGGCCCCUGAAGUGAUCUCCAGGUCUCUGUACGCCACCGAGGUGGAUAUCUGGUCUCUGGGCAUCAUGGUGAUUGAGAUGGUGGACGGAGAGCCACCCUACUUCAGCGACUCCCCAGUGCAAGCGAUGAAGAGGCUCCGGGACAGCUCCCCGCCCAAGCUGAAAAAUUCCCACAAGGUUUCCCCAGUGCUGCGAGACUUCCUGGAACGGAUGCUGGUGCGGGACCCCCAGGAGAGAGCCACAGCCCAGGAGCUCCUGGACCAUCCCUUCCUGCUGCAGACUGGGCUCCCCGAGUGCCUGGUCCCCCUGAUCCAGCUCUACCGCAAGCCGACCUCCACCUGCUGAGCCCACCGAGUGCGCCUGCCGCCGGUGCCCACAGGCAGGGGACACGGGGCAGCCAACUCGCCGCCAGGGCCUGCUUGCCUCAUUCUCUCAGUAUUCUCUCCAAAGAUUGAAUGUGAAACUCCCCCCCUCCUGCCCCUCUGCCCACUGGGCCAGGCCGGACCUGCCCCUUAGUCUCUCCCCCUCCCAAGAGAGUCCCCAGUUGCCUUUGGGAUGAUGGAGACCCCUUUUUCAGGAUGACCCUUUGUUAUUUGCACAGGGAUAUUUCUAAGAAACACGGAGACCAGCACUUCUGGCCACUACAGCCAACACAGCAGAAAAGGCUGCUGCGUGUGUUUUUUUUAAGGCAGCAUCCCAGGCCACCCACGAGGGCAGCGUGCCUGUCUUGACCAGGCUACUUGCUGUUCUCAGCUCCAGUUCCUAACCCUGAUGUUUCGAGAGGGCCAUGGGGGAGGUUUUUAUUACCUAAGUCUAUCUAUCUUCCCUUGUGUCUGACUUCCUGAAGGCACAGUCCCACCUGCACCUGCUUCCCGACCCGCCUGCACUGCCAACACACAACACUGUCAUGCACAGCCUGCUCCGAACUGUGAACAGCCUGCCUGUGGGCCAUGGGAGCAGAAGGGACAUUUUCUGGGUGAAAGAGAGAUACUGGGGUUGGUGGUAAAGGUGGUGUCACUUUACAGGAUGCAAGUGCUGGUGUGUGUGUGUGUGUGUGUGUGUGUGUGUGUGUGUGAAGGUCACCCUGACAGCCUGGCCCCUUCAGUAAGGCUUCCUCAUCCUCCUUCCCACUGAGUUCUGCUCUGAAGAGACCUGCUUCCUUGGCAUGGCUUCCCACCCCUUACGUCCUGUGUCUCUACCUGACCAGAGAAGAGGUUUGCAUUGAGGCCGACACAUCGGAGGGCUAGGCAGCUUUCCGAGUUUCUCCCGUACUAUGGAGUCGGAGCCCACGUGUGCAAGGAUGAGGAAAGAAACUUCAUUUUACCUGUUAGCUUCAUCUCAAUCACCAGGACAUCAGGGACCCUUCUUUUCAAAAUCCUGGUCUGGGGGAGGUGAACCAGCUCCCGGGGUUCCAUCAGGUCAAGAGACUGGGCACCCCAUUUGUGAAAACCAUCUGCCUCUCACUGCCUCCUUGGGCACCUGUCUCUUGUCCUCCUUCCUUCCCCACCUUCAGGGCUAUUGUGAGACAGGGAAGCCCAGCGAAGCACUCCAGGUGUCUGGGCCCAAUCUAGAUCAUAUUUUUAGAUUCCUCUGCUCCCUUGUGGCCUGAUUUGGGGCAAAAAAGAAAAUUACAAGGAAAACUACCUUUUUUAAAGGUCAGUUUUAAAAACAAAAGCAUCUUCCCUAGAAACUUUUGUGAAUUGUUUGCACUUGUGCCUGUUUUAAAUUAAACUGAGUGUUCAAAA